UGCAUGGAACGCUACAACAAGAUGAGAACUGGAUCGCAACGAAUAUCCGGCGAAGCUCCUCCAGUCACUUACUCUUCCUCUUCCUCUACUCCAAUUCUACUCCUACACAGCUCCUAUUCUACUCCUAGUCUACUCCUAGUCUACUCCAACGCAACUCCAACACUACUCCAACACUACUGUUCUCUACUCCAACACUACACCAACACUACUGUUCUCUUACUCCAACACUACUGUUCUCUACUCCACUCUACUCCAGUCUUAACCACUCCACUCCACUCCACUCCACAGUAUCCACUCGACUCGAAUUCGCUUCCAUCCCACUUUACAACCCUUGAGGCCACUAUUACCGAGGAUACGCAAUGUUAUAUAUUACGCUGCCUCGUAUAUAACAUUGCCUGUUUCGUUUUCCACUUGCACAAGACCGACCGCCAAUCAAGACAUGGAAUUGAAGAAUAACCAGAGAAAUCCACAACAUCAAGAUCAGCAAACGAAUCAAGACAUGGAAUUGAAGAAUAGCCAGAGUAAUCCACAACAUCAAGAU